CCUCUCUCUCCCUCUCUCUCUCUCUCUCUCUCUGUGUCUCGCGCCUCUCGCUUUCUCUGUCCCUGUCUCUCGCGGACACCAUGCCGGUCCUGGACCGCGUCUCGGACGUGCAGCUGGAGCGCUUGGUCGUGGACCGCAUCGUCCCGUCUCUGCUCGCCGACGGCUUCUGCCACGUGGACGGUUUCCUCGGGGCGUCGCUCGGGGACGCGGUGCUCGAGCAGGUGAAGCAGAUGCACCGCGGCGGCGCGCUGCAGGACGGCCGCCUGGCGGGCUCCGCCCCCGGCGUCCACCGGCGAACCAUCCGCGGGGACAAGAUCGCGUGGGUGAGCGGCAGCGAGCGCGGCUGCGAGGCGGUCAACGUCCUCCUGCACCGGCUGGACAAGCUGGUGUCCGCGUGCGCGCGCCGGAUCGGCAACAAGGCGAUCCGAGAGAGGUCAAAGGCUAUGGUGGCCUGUUACCCCGGUAACGGAGCAGGUUAUGUUAAACACGUCGAUAACCCAAACUGUGACGGACGACGCAUCACCUGCAUCUACUACCUGAACAAGGACUGGGACGCUAAGGAGCACGGCGGCGUCCUCAGGAUCUUCCCUGAAGGAAAACCCUACGUCGCCGACAUCAAACCACUGUUUGACCGACUUCUCUUCUUCUGGUCCGACCGCAGGAAUCCACACGAGGUGCAGCCGUCUUACUCCACCAGGUACGCCAUCACAGUCUGGUAUUUUGACUCCGAGGAAAGAGCUGAGGCCAAGAGACGCUUCAAGAAACUAAAAGUGUCAAAUGAGCAGCAGAGCAGCUGAACCCGAGGAGAUGUCGCCAUCUGGUGUUUGUUUCCCUGAACUGCAGGAAAAAGCUCAAAGAACCGACAGCGAGUGGAGAGCACAAACGGUUUGUGCGCUCCCGCGGUCAGCCUGACUGUAGCCUGAGCCCGCGACGCGUUCAAGUGACUGGCAGCCGCUCAGGACUUUUCCUGCUCUACACGAUGUUUGCGCAAUGUUUUACUGCCGAGGUGGAGGAAAAACGGCAGAUUGCACCUUUUCAUCUACACUUCACCAUCAGGUCGGUUUGAGGAGGUGAAAGCGGCGAGAAUUUGUCUACAAACGGACAGAAAUCACUCGUCUGUGAGACGGAUUUAUAUUUAUGUGUUUGUAAUACAAACACUAACGGGACCUUUGUGGUUUUCGAACAGAUGAAAGAAAGGGGUGGGGUCAAAGAGGAUUACUGUAAAUGACUUAAACAGACAACCCUAUAUAAAAAACACUUGCACUUUCCCUUUAAUGUUUACCUGUUAAAUGUUUUGACUGAGCUGCUGUCAACUGUUCAACAGAACCAUAUCAUCACCUCAUUUUUAGCAGUUGACAGUUUUAUGAAGUGGCCAAUAGGUGUCACUGCAGCCUCAGUUCUUUUUAACUGUGUUUCUGUAACAAGUGGAAAUAAUUAUUUUGUACGGCUAUGAAAUAUUAAAACAUGAUUUAAACUAAAGUA